AUGGCAACAUUGGCGAUAGAGACUCUUCAGGCGGAUGAUGCAACGCACCACCACCAACAAGGCGGCGCCGGCGUUGGUGGGGAAGGGCUUCGGCAAUACUAUCAGCAACGGAUACAGGAUCUUCAGCUCCAAGACCGCCAAAAAACUCACGAUCUCCAGCGCCUUGAAGCCCAGCGCAAUGACCUCAAUGGCCGAGUGAGGUCGUUGAAGGAAGAGCUUCAGCUCCUUCAGGAGCCUGGAUCAUAUGUUGGUGAAGUUGUCAAAGUCAUGGGGAAAUCAAAGGUCCUUGUCAAGGUCCAUCCUGAAGGGAAGUACGUGGUGGAUGUUGACAAGAAUAUUGAUAUAACUAAGAUUGCACCCUCGACUAGGGUUGCUUUACGUAAUGAUAGCUAUGUGCUUCACUUGAUGUUGCCUAGUAAAGUUGAUCCCUUAGUGAACCUUAUGAAAGUUGAAAAAGUUCCUGACUCUACUUAUGAUAUGAUUGGUGGUCUGGAUCAGCAAAUUAAAGAGAUAAAGGAGGUCAUUGAACUUCCAAUUAAACAUCCUGAAUUGUUUGAGAGUCUUGGAAUAGCUCAGCCAAAGGGAGUCUUGCUCUAUGGGCCUCCUGGUACAGGUAAAACACUGCUUGCAAGAGCAGUGGCUCAUCAUACUGACUGCACUUUUAUCCGGGUUUCGGGUUCUGAAUUGGUUCAGAAGUACAUCGGAGAAGGCUCUAGGAUGGUUAGAGAACUUUUCGUGAUGGCCAGGGAACACGCUCCAUCAAUCAUUUUCAUGGAUGAAAUUGAUAGCAUAGGAUCUGCUCGCAUGGAGUCCGGAAGUGGCAAUGGUGAUAGUGAAGUUCAGCGAACUAUGCUGGAGCUUCUUAAUCAGCUUGAUGGAUUUGAAUCAUCCAAUAAGAUCAAAGUAUUGAUGGCAACCAAUAGAAUUGACAUUCUGGAUCAAGCUCUUCUUAGGCCUGGAAGGAUUGACAGAAAGAUUGAGAAAAUGAAUUUGAUGCGAGGGAUUGAUCUCAAGAAGAUUGCUGAGAAAAUGAAUGGUGCCUCUGGUGCAGAACUUAAGGCUGUUUGCACUGAAGCAGGGAUGUUUGCUUUGAGAGAGAGGAGGGUUCAUGUCACUCAGGAAGACUUUGAGAUGGCAGUCGCUAAGGUAAUGAAGAAGGAAACAGAUAAAAAUAUGUCGUUGAGGAAGCUUUGGAAGUAG